GGCGGCUUCCGGCGGGAAGAUGCGGGGGGCGGCUGGGCGUCGCUAGGUUGCUGCCACGGUGGGCGCGGAGCGGCCGCGCUCGGCGCUGCCGGGGCAGAAGAUGUUGGUGUACUUCUGGGGGUUCCUGUACAGCAACUAUUUUCGGUUUUGGCUGAAGUGGAUCUUGAGGCUGCUGACUCAGAAAUGCGAACUGCAGCGUAUCUUUGACGGCUCGAAGGCAGGGGCGCAGCGGACGCUGAGCAUAGAACAUUCACUGGAAUCAUCAAAGAAUAAGGUUUUAAGAAAUGCUGUAGAUGUUGAGGAAACUGAAGUGGAGAAGUGCGUCAGAGAUGUAAUGAAAGAAAAGAAAAUUGAACAGAAGGAUACAGGGUUUAAGACCAAUCUGCAUAUAUCGUUACUGCAGAUAUCAGGUUAUAAAAAACUUUAUUCAAAUGUGGAAAAUCUGAGGAAGGUCCCAUAUGAUUCAGAUAAUGAAGAACAUGAGGAACGGUUAAUUGAGCUUUGGAAUUUGCUGAUGCCUCAUGAGAAUCUGAAGGCCAGAAUCACCAAGCAGUGGUGUGACAUUGGCUUCCAAGGUGAUGAUCCCAAAACAGACUUCAGAGGAAUGGGCCUGCUGGGGUUAGUGAAUCUGGUGUAUUUUAGUAAGCAUUACACCGAUGAAGCUCGCCAGAUCCUUUCUCAUUCAAACCACCCAAAGCUGGGAUACUCUUAUGCAAUAGUUGGAAUCAAUCUGACAGAAAUGGCAUACAGUUUACUUAAGAAUGGUGCUUUAAAGUCUCAUCUGUACAAUGUGGUCUCUGGAUUGCCGCAGAUGGAGCACUUCCAUCAGUUUUACUGUUAUCUGGUUUAUGAGUUUGACAAGUUCUGGUUUGAAGAAGAACCAGAAAGCAUUAUGCACUUCAACCAGUACAGAGAGAAAUUCCAUGAAAAAAUUAAGGGACUUCUACUGGAUUGUGAUGUGAUACUAACCUUACAAAAGACAAAGAAACCUUAACUCCUCUGCAGUCUAUGAGGUUCUGCAUCAAAAAUGGAAUUAUGCAUUUGGAUGGAAGUUUUGCAUGUUUCACCAAAAACUGUUUAACAAUAGAACUUUUUUUUUUUUUUUUUACAUUUUAAAAAAAAUCAAAAUUCAGUUAAGAAAGCUUGGACAAUCAACCUCUGUUUACAGGUCUUUAUAUGCUAUUCUCCAAAGGACUGCUUUUUUAAGAAAAAAACAAAAAAAGAAAAAACAACCAACAAACCAACACAAAAACCACCCAGAAAUCUCAAGAGCCUCUGGAUCACUCACUUUCACCAUUUCUUUCCUACUUCUUGGUGCAGGAACAUGAAGCAGGUAUUUAUGCCGCAUCAUGUUUUCCAUGAAUAGGUUUGACUGUUAAUUGUCUUUUAAGAAGUUCUUUUAGUUGAAAUUACUCUGGUUUUAGACUUUUUGCGUUCUUGUUCUGUACAUUUAGUUGAUCAUUCACUCAUCAAUGUUAACUUUCUGUCUAACGGAGAGGUCCACGAAGGGGGUGUAUUAGUCACUUAUGAUUUUGGAGAAGAGGCUUAAUCUAUCAACAUACUGACGUACUUACUAGAAAUUACUUCUGGCUAAGGAAGUUGGGGGUAUUUUUUAUCUAUGGAUUUGUACCAGCAAAUUCCUAUGCUUGGAAAAAAGCUUAGUUUGCAAACAAAGAACCACCACUACAAAUCAUUAUUGUGAGGAUCAGGUCCUCAGACUAAAGCUAGUCCUUCUGAAAAUAUUUCUCCUGUAAAAAUUUUCAGUCCUUUCUAAUCUGACUUCAGCUGCUCAGGCUGCUUGACUUUGUAUCUGUUGUCAGCCCUUUCUUUUAGCAGCUAAUGGGGUGUUCUCAGUGGGAUGUACAAGAGAGUUAGUUUAGUCCUUUUAUAAAGUUCACUCAUUAAAAAACUUUAUUGCAGCUGCAGUCCCUAUUUUGUGAAAACAAAUUCACACCUGAGUACAAGUCUCUAACAAAGAUGUAUUUUCCAUGGAAGGGAUGCAACUGCAAUGUGUUCCUUAAUCUUAGCAUCCUCAGACAAUCUAGUCAAUAGGACUUCAUAUCUAUAUUGUGACUAAUUAUUGCUUAAAGCAACUUUAAACAGAUUUGGUAUAACCAUCACUUAAUUUUCUAAAACCUACUAUUAAAUAAGUGCCUUCUGCUUUAUUCAAUCAGUGUUUUAUUUUGAUUCGGUAACCAGAUCGUAGCCUUAGAAGCUUGAGUUACUUGGGAAAGACUCUUUCGGUAUAUACCUAAAUAGCACACGGUGGCUUUCAUGCCUUUUUUUUUUUAAGUCAUCUCAGGUAAAUUAGUUAAUUUCUAGUCAAUGACUAAUCAUGAAGAAAUUCCUGAAGAAUACAAGUAUUGAACACAAGAAGAAAAAAAGACAACUCCCUUUUUGUAAUUUGUGAUGUUACACUACAUAAGUAUUAAAUGCAUUAUUGUAAUAUGUAAUACUAUGUCUCCUUGGAGAUAAUCAAACCCCAACUGGCCAUGGUCCUAAGCAGCCUGCUUUAGGUGGCCCUGCUUUGGGCAGGGGGUUGGACUAGGUGAUCUCCCGAGGUGCCUUCCCACCUCGGUAAUUCUGAGUCUGUAUUGUGUAACUAGUGACUUCUUGCACUGUAUCCACCCAGUUGCUUAAAUGUUGGUGAUCUCUUAAUUGUGGGAAAGCUCCUGAUCAGGGUAGACAGUAUAGAUGUAGGAGAUAACACAGUUCUGUUUUUGUUUUUACGAUACCUUAGGUAUAGAUGAGAGUUAAACAAUUCUUAACGUGUGCAGGGCAGAGAAAGGUUCAUCUCAUCUGUGUUGGGUUGAUGCUACUCUACAAAAAAAAAAAAAAGUAAUGUGAAGAUGCUCAUAGGGAGAGUGUUUACAGUUAUGCUGUGGCUUGUAAGCUGAACAGCUAAACUGACCAGGUUAGAUACGCAGCUGACCACAGGAAGCCUGCUAUUUGCUGCUCCCGGGUACUUGGGUCAUGUAGUUCUCACCACUGAAAAAGCAGAGAUCCUGUGGAGAGUGUUCUGGGACUCAGGUCCUGCGGUGGAGCUCUGUUUCUCUGACCCCUGUAGAUACUGGACAUUCCUAAAAUCUGGGGAAGUGGAAAGUGGACUCUCUCCCAGUGGCUGAGAGGUUGGUUGUCUGUUAUUUCUCGCCCCUGCUUCUGUCAUGUUUGUCUUCCUUCAUUAAUAAUUUUUGCUGUUGCUUGUAGAUCUCCUUUGCAAGCAAUGUGAGACGGACUUCUUGAAUUUCAGAAGUGACCCCGAUACGUUUAGCAGCAGCAGGGAAGAAGAUUCAAUUCUUUAUUUUCAUCUACUGCUUGCUAGCAAGUAACAAAAUUACUUGAGCCAUCUCUCUAAAGCAGCCCCUGUGCUAGAGUCUGCAACUUUUUUUUUUUUAUUGUUAUUGCAAAAAUAAUCUACACCCUCUUCUUUCCAGCCUUGAAACUUUCACUCGGCUGGCUCUAUGUUUGCUAGAGACUGAGAUUGAACUACUGCUGGGGCUUUUAAAGCCCAACCAUCAAGUUUCAGAUUUCCUGUCACACACCUGAGACAUUUUAGUGUAGAAUGUAGAUUGAGCCCAAUGUGAGAUGCAUCUUCAUUACCUUUUUUUUUUUUUUUAAAGUCAAAGUGUGAGCUGGGCAUAAACUGUGGCAGUAUACAAGGAAAAAAGUAAACCAUCAUCAGAUGAGUGAGGUAUACGGGAAUUCGUAAGUUUGCAUGUAGUAAUUAAGGUGAAUGUUUAUGUUAGGCUCCAAUACACCUUCCCAGUAACCGGUUAGAAUUUGCAUGUAGUUUUGUACUAUCAAGUAGCCCAGUCCUGCCUCAGAGUCACUCACUGUAUGUAGACUAGUACUGGGUGUCCUUGUUUUGCACCAGUGGUAAGCUAAUUGUGUUAUGGUGGUAGCUAGAAAAUACAUGGAAAAAGGUAAAACUGUAUUUAGGGAAGAACAAUGUUUUACUAGUCAGUGGUAUUUUAUACUAACUGUUGUAGGGUGACAAUCCUAAGGUUAUGGAAGAUUCAAAAUGGAGGUAGGGCACCUUUCUGCAAGCUGAUGUAAUCAGUUUGUUUAACAUCAGAAUUUGUUGCUCAUGGUUUAAUCUAAGAGCUCUUAAACCUUGGUAAGUUCUCUCAUUAUUUAUUAACUGUCAUGUUUUAAAAUAUGUAUUAUCUCAUUAGAAUUUGCAAGUACUGUUAGUUUUCUAACUUGCUGCCUCUUUAAAGCAUUCACUAUGUGAAAGCUUAUAUGCAAUAGUAAUUUUAGAAAAAAACCCUGAAACUGAAGACAACAAGGUGGUUCUCUAAAUUUGUUGUUGUUCCUGUAGCAACCGCUUAACAAACUACCUCCACUUCUGUUGUUUAGUGUUUGCUUGAAACAUGGUGCCACUCCAUGAACAAAUUAAUCUGAAGAGAAGUAGUUUACCACAAGCAAAAGUAAAAUCUAGUCUUUCAAUAACUAAAGACAUUGCUUCAUAAGUAACCAACUGGAUUGGAAAGUGAUUUGAAGACAGUGCUACUUAGGAAGGAAGAAACUGAUAGUGUUUUUAAACUGGUUGUGCUUCUGUCAUUCGAUACAGCCCUGUAAAGAAUAGGGCAUUUUGUCCUAAAGGACAAUGGGAAAAGGGGCCAAUUUAAGCACCUCGGAUAAAUAGUUUUGGAUUUUCAGUCUCUGAAAAACAAAAGAAAUGCAAACAAACAAAAAAAAAAAGCACAGACACAAAGCCCCGAGCAUUCAUUUUCCAUCCUAGUUUAAAUAACAAACAUUUUACCAAAAAAAAAAUAAUAUUGGUUAGUCUUGCUUCAAGAAUUGUCAUGAUGAAAAUGUUUGUAUUUAGUUAGGUGGGAGUUCAGCACUCAGUAUUCUUGAAAAUACUGCUUGUGAACACGUGGUAAAGAUGUAACCUGGUGUUUGUUUCUGUCAAACUUGUCUUGUGUUGCUGUAGUACCAUGGUGAUCAAUCUUUGGACUAAUGUUUCUUGUGCCAGUCUAUAUAGUGUCUUUCUCUAGGUAAGAAAAAAAAAACCAACCCAACAAAACCAGCCCAAGACAGCUUGUGGGCAGUUUCUUCUUAUCACACUGUGCUUAGAUAGCUGCAUACUAAUAGAAAUUUCUGUUUACCACAAUAUAAAAGCAAUAAUGUAAACUGUGAUGUCUGUGUAAUAGAAAGAGGUGUUUACAAUGGUAGCUAAUAAAGAACGAGUAAUUCCAAAA